AACACGAUUUAAAUGUUAUAGGUGUAUUUUCUAUUGUCAGCAGUGGAGUGAGUCUUAGCGGGGAGGCCGGAAAACAAACCCAAACAGAACCGAGUGUGCCAGUGUGUCCACGGGGCUGGCAAAGGUUUGAAGUCGAUAGGAAGCUUCUCAGGAGAGCGCAAAUGAGCCUGGAACUUUUCCCGUCAAUGAGAAUGAAGUGUAUUCAGGAACAGGACUUUCUGGAGACUUAAAAACAACCUAAACCAAAGUGAAAACUGUGAUGACGUCAUGGAAAUUUGGGACCAGACGUUCUUCAUUGUGUCCAUGUUUUGGUCAUGUGACUUACUUUCGGCCACUCACCAUGAGCUUACAGAACCAGUUCAAACCGACAAGGGGAAAGUCAUAGGUGUAAGGACGCGUAUUAAAGGAUUUACUUUAGACGCUUUCUAUGGUAUUCCAUUUGCAAAACCCCCUACAAAAAAAUAUCGUUUUAAACAUCCACAACCCCCUGACCCGUGGAAUGAAGCUAAAAAGACGGUGGAACUCCCGCCAGCAUGUCAGCAACUACACGAUACCUUUUUCCCGAACUUUACGGGAUCCGAAAUGUGGAACCCCAACACCCCAGUGAAUGAAGACUGCUUAUACCUCAAUGUAUGGGUGCCAAAAGCCACCGAAUCCAGGAACAAAUCCGUGAUGGUGUGGAUUUACGGUGGCUCAUUUAGUUAUGGAUCUAUAUCGUUAGACGUUUAUAAUGGCAAAUAUUUAGCCGUAGAAAAUGACGUCAUUGUCGUAUCUAUACAAUAUAGGCUAGGGUCCCUCGGAUUUUUUGUCAGCAACUCUCCGGAUGCACCGGGGAAUUGUGGGCUAUUUGAUCAGCUUAUGGGACUUGACUGGGUUCAAAGAAAUAUCCAUUAUUUUGGAGGUUCGCCGAAUGAUGUGACAUUGUUUGGCGAAAGUUCUGGGGCUGCAUCUAUUGGAUUACACCUCCUUUCGCCCCUGAGUCGCUUUAAGUUUCAACGAGCCAUUCUACAAAGUGCAGGCCCGGAUGCCCCAUGGGCCACUAUAACAAAAGAAGAGGCCAUUGAAAGAGGAAAAUUAUUAGUUAGGGAACUCAACUGUACAAAAGAUUCAGAUGCGGACACACUGGAAUGUUUGAGACAGGUUCCCGCAAAUAAAUUUCCACCGAAUGAUUUCAUUCUUAAUGCUAACAUUCUACAAUUUCCAUUUGUUCCCAUCAUUGAUGGGGUUUUUCUCAUAGAACGUCCAAGUGUUUCUUUUCAUAACGGAAAUUUUAAACGCUGUCCAAUACUUCUUGGAGCAAACAAGAACGAAGGGUCCUAUUUCCUUGUAUAUGGCGCGGAAGGUUUCAACAAAUCACACAGCAGUCCAAUAAAAAGUAGCGAGUUCAAGAUAAAGAUGCAGGAACAAUUCAGACAUUUUCCCCAAUACCCUAUAGAAAUUAAUACAUUUGUUUUAGACGCCAUAGCGUUCCAGUAUACUCCUUGGACCGACCCGAACGAUCCGUAUCUUCUUCGAGACGGGAUCGAAGCGGCCGUGGGUGAUUACAGUUUUACCUGUGCCACCGUUGAUCUAGCUCGUGAGUACGCACAAGUCGGACAGAAUGUAUACUUCUACCUAUUCAAUCAUCGCUCCUCCGUGAAUCCCUGGGGUGAGUGGAUGGGGGUCAUGCACGGGGACGAAAUCAUGUUCAUCUUCGGUCAACCUUUGGACAAUAAUUUUAAUUAUGAAACAAAGGAAAAGAGACUCAGCAAGAAAAUGAUGAAGUAUUGGACGAACUUUGCCAAAACAGGAGAUCCCAACAAAGAGCCCGGGGAAGAGAGAGGCCUGGAUGACUGGCCCCUUCACACGUACAAAGAGAGGGAGUACAUUGUUUUGGACACAGCGUUCCAUGACCACAACAGAAAACCCACGGUAGACAAGGCUUUCAAAGUCGACAAGUGCGCGUUUUGGCUGAAAUACGUUCCCUAUCUCAUGCAAACAACAGCCAACAUGUCGGACGUAGAGCGAGAAUGGAAGUUAGAGUUUUAUCAAUGGAAAACACAUUACAUGGUCCAGUGGCAGAGACAGUUUGAAAAUUUCGUCAAAAGCUACGAAGACCGGCUUCAGUCGUGCAGUGCUCCAUAGACAGGGGCUUAAUUAAUGAGUCAAAUAAUAAAUCAUUUUCAAGUUUCAUUGUUACGUUUUUG